CGAGAAACAAACUUUUUCUUCUUUUAUUUUUUUCCGUCUGAUAUAUUUUUAUUAAGAGUCAAAACCUAAAAAAAGACUCAUCCCAAACCGAAAAAACAAAAGGCCAUUCAAAUCUGAUUACAAAACGAUAUAAGUCUAACAUGAAGGGCUAUCGAAACGGGCCGCAAGCUCAAACCAGUAACUACGCAUCCUUCCACGCAUCCUGAUCUCUUCCCCUGAUCGUCCACGCGUUAAAUUCUACCGUUCGCACGAACCACAACCACGCGUCAGCCAACCAUAACGUCGUCAUCUAAAAGUCGGAAUUUUCGCCGGAGAAAAACAAAGCGACUGAUAUUUCGUCGGAAUACGCCGUCGACAAAUCACCGCACCCACCCUAACACCGGAAAGCUUUCACCAGAGAUCUUCCAUCGUCAAAACGAGAUCUCAUCCGGGAAACAUUAAACCACGCACCACGCCUUCGCUAAACGAUCUCCACCCGUCGGAGAGCUUCCAAUCGAUGUCGUCAAGAUCUCUCCAAACCGUUAGAAUUUUAACAAAUUGUCGGUCUCGUGACUACCCAUUCUUGAGAGAACCAGAAACGCCGGAGACACGAAGUUAGGUAAGCCUUCACUUCCGGAAACAGAAGUCGGCUACCACCGUCAAAGGAGACGGCACGGUCCCAAAAACAAAGCCGGUCGUCCACCAGACGGUGCGAUACUAGAACAGUAAAAUCAAAAACAAACAUGCAAACUAUCUAAAGAAAAGCCGAAAAGAAAAGAAAAGGAAAACGGGAAAAGCUUAAAACUGGACCGACGGUGACUGUGGAAGCCCACCCAUCGACUGGAAUCUAGUUUUACGGCUGAGAUUUGGUUUAGCGAGAGGUAAGAGGAAAUUAGAGAGAGAAAGAAAAUGGUCUAGUAUAGUGUUAAAGAAUAAUUCAACUUUUUCUUUCUUAGCAAAAUAAAACAUUUUGGUGUUCGAAAAAAAAAAGAAGCAAAAUAAAACAUUUUUGUGCAGAAACAAGUCUGGAGAAAAAAAAAAGAGAGAGAAUAAAUGGUCUAGUCUCUUGCUCUCGUCUCAGCUCUGUGGAGUCUGCACACCCUUACAUAUAUAUAAAAACACAUAAACGUUUUCUCUGUCACUUUUUUCGAAUUAAAUAAAGAAGAAAAAAAAGGUUUUAUGUGAUAAUAGAAACAUAUGAAACAAUCGUCAUAGAAGCAGAGAUUCACCUUCUCCUCUCUUCUCCUUUUAUCUUUCCCUCUCAGACACACAGGAGAUUCGAACACAACAAAAGAAAGAAAGAGAAAGAGAAAGAAAAAAAGUCAAACGAAACGAUGGCGUUUCAUCAGAAUCAUCAUCUCUCUCAAGACCUCUCUUUCAAUCACUUCACCGACCAACACCAACCCCCUCCUCCUCAACCUCCUCCGCAACAACAACAACAUUUCCACGACGCGACGCCGCCUCCUAACUGGCUCAACACGGCUCUUCUCCGCUCCGACAACAACAACAACAACAACAACUUCCUCAACCUCCACACGACCACCGCCAACAACGCAACCGCAGCGAGCAGCUCCGAUUCUCCUUCCUCCGCCGCCGCCAUCGCCGCUAAUCAGUGGCUCUCCCGCUCCUCCUCCUUCCUCCAACGAACCGGAAACAACAACAACAACAACGCCGUCGUCGGAGACGUCAUCGACGACGUAACCGGAGGAGGAGGAGGAGCCGAGCAGAUGAUGAGCGGCGGCGAGAACAAGAACGACGGAGGAGGAGAUGGAGUCGUGAGCUGGCAGAAUGCGAGGCACAAGGCGGAGAUCCUCUCUCAUCCGCUGUACGAGCAGCUUCUGUCGGCGCACGUCGCGUGUCUGAGAAUCGCUACCCCGGUCGAUCAGCUUCCCAGGAUCGACGCUCAGCUUGCGCAGUCGCAGCACGUCAUCGCCAAGUACUCGACUCUAGGAGCCGGCGGGCAAGGACUCGUCGGCGACGACAAAGAGCUUGACCAGUUCAUGACGCAUUAUGUUCUGCUUCUGUGUUCUUUCAAAGAGCAACUCCAACAGCACGUGCGUGUUCAUGCGAUGGAAGCUGUGAUGGCUUGUUGGGAGAUUGAGCAGUCUCUUCAGAGCUUAACCGGAGUGUCUCCUGGUGAAGGAAUGGGAGCAACAAUGUCGGACGAUGAAGAUGAACAAGUAGAGAGCGAUGCUAAUAUGUUCGAUGGAGGAGGAGGCUUAGAUGUUUUGGGUUUUGGUCCUUUGAUUCCUACUGAGAGCGAGAGAUCCUUGAUGGAACGUGUUAGACAAGAACUCAAACAUGAACUCAAACAGGGUUACAAGGAGAAGAUAGUAGACAUAAGAGAGGAGAUACUGAGGAAGAGAAGAGCUGGGAAGCUACCAGGAGACACAACCUCUGUUCUCAAAGCAUGGUGGCAAUCUCAUUCCAAAUGGCCUUACCCUACUGAGGAAGAUAAGGCGAGGUUGGUGCAGGAGACAGGUUUGCAGCUAAAGCAAAUAAACAAUUGGUUCAUCAAUAAGAGAAAGAGGAACUGGCAUAGCAAUCCAUCUUCUUCUACUGUCUUGAAGAACAAACGCAAAAGCAAUGCAGGUGACAAUAGCGGAAGAGAGCGUUUCACGUAGGAAACAACAUAUAUAUAUUAUCAAGUGAAUUGUAGCUGGAUUGGUUGGGAUUUGAAGCAAAGGUUUUUUAGGGGUUCAAAUGAAGGAGAAGAAGUUGGGGCUUAUAUAGAAGAGAGGGGACAGUAUUAGAAAGUAACUUUUUGUGCAAUUACAACAUAGUUCGCAGUUUGGUUAUGUUAUGCCAUAUGUUUAUUAGUAGUAAGUACACAAAUCCCAAAAGUUAAAAAAAGGUUGUCGCUGUCA